GAAUUUUAUAUUUGUGUAUGUUUUAUUUACGUACACUUGAUACUUGAUUCAAUAACAGUUAUAAAUUUUUAAUAUUUAAUUGAAAAGUAUUUGCGGUUAAUAAAAGCUACCCUUGAUUCAAUUAUGGGUUUUUGCAAUGCUUUAAUUAAAUGUUUAUUAAUUAUAUUCAAUAUUUUAUUCGGAAUUUGGGGAUUUCUAGGAUGCGCAUUUUCUGUAUUUUGUCUUUGGCUUCUUGCUGAUUCCGAAUUUGUUUUACCACAAGAUCGUACAAAUUUCAUUGUUUCUGUGGCAAUAAUUUUAGUUGCUUCAGUUGUAUUGGUCUUAGUGGCUUUCAUUGGAAUAUAUGGAACAAUAAAUAGUAGCCAAUGUCUGUUACUCACUUUCUUCUCUCUACUGUUGAUGGUAUGUGUAGUUGAAUGGUCUGCAGCUAUUUGGGCAUAUGCAAAUGCAGAUUCUCUUGAAAAUCAGAUCCAUACAUCCAUUAAGAUGACAGUGGAACAAGAAUAUGGUGAUAACACAAAUAGAACCUUGAUUUUUGAUACAAUCCAAAAGAAGAUGCAAUGUUGUGGAGCAGAUAAACCUACUGACUGGGCUGGCAACAAACAACUAAGUUAUACCAUAACAUCACGUACAGAUUAUUACAAAAUUCCGGAAAGUUGCUGUCGUCCUGAAGUUUCAUUCUCAGAUUGUCAAAAAGCUACAGUUGUUCUCAGAACCAGAGGAUCUGUUGAUUAUAAUGUCAUUUAUGAUCGAGGUUGUUACGACUGUGUGAUUUCAACAAUCAAUGAAAAUGCUUAUAUAAUACUUGGUAUAUUGGCAAGUAUUCUAUUUACUCAGUUGUUAGCUUUGGUCUUUUCUCUUGUACUGGCAUAUAUGUCAAGUAAAGCAAACAGAUACAAAGCUUAAACGUAUUUAUCCAAUUUCUAUUAUAACUUUGGUAAUUUGGAGAUUGUUUUGAAAUUUGAUGAGAAGUUUUUUCUGUUAUAAUAAUGAACAAUAUAUAAAAUCAGGUUUUAAUAAGAUAAAGUUAGUAGGUAAUUUUGACACUUCUUCAGAAAGAAUGUUGAAAUAUUAAAGCAUACUUAAUUUAUAUCUUCAACCUUUUGUGAUUUUUCUAAUCAAAUUUUGAAUGCAGUUCUGUAUCAUAAAUUACCUAAUUCUUUUUGACAAUUAUUCCUCUUUUUGAAAACCCAGUGAGUAUUUAUGUAUUCAAGAUAAAAAUUUUUUUCAAAAAUUGGUAAAUACAUUUUUGUAAUAUAUUCACAAAAACCCAUCAAACAUUUGGUGAUCAUCCAAUCUUGUAAAGAUAAACUUAGAACUUGAAAUAAUCAUGUAAUAAUAAGUAUUAUUAUAAGUUGCUUAUUUCAUUAUUCUUUGAAAUUUUCUACUUCACUAUUGUACCUACAUAGUAUUUCAUGUUUAUGUGGUUAUAGUCUCUCAAAUUACCAAAUUCCCUGAGCUUAGUCUCAGUAAUAAUCCAUGUAUAUCUUGAGAAAUUUAUUAUGUAAAAAAUUAUUUUCUGAAACUAUACCAAAAAACCCUAUGUAUAAGUAUAUACAAAAAUUUAUCUCUAUAUAGAUCUGUUAAGAGAAUUUUAUGUAUUAUAUUGGUGUGCCAUAUUUACAAACUUUUCAGAAGGAAUUUUGCCAUAUGUGAUUACCCUAAGAGUUGCAUCCAAUACUGUAGGAGGUGACUUCGACCAAUUGUGAGUUAUAUUCUAUGAAAUAAAAUGCUCUCUAUUUGUUCAAAAAAAUAUUUUUCUGUGCUAAAAUUCCUUUCUAUUUUAAAUUAAAGAUAUUUAAUUGUAGAUAUUGCCGAUAUAUUUAUGAACUAGCCUUAUAUUUUCAUUUCUUUGUAUGUAAAAUCAGCCUUACCUGUUGACCUGAAAGUAUAUUAUUAUUCAGUACAUACUUUAUUGGAAAUAUAUUUUUUGUACUUAAUAUUAUGAAAAGAUUCAACUUGUUGCAUCAAUCAUUUAGUGAAUAUUAUUCAUCUCUUCAAAUUUGCAACAAGGAAUAUGUAUACAACAAAUUACAAAUUAUUUCAUUUAGAAUAUCUGAUGUUAAAUUUUAGAGAUUAUUUGUGCUCAUAUUUAAAAAGAAAAUAAUUCGUGUUUGAACUUGAGAUUAUCAUGACAAUUAUAAGUGUUAAAUAUCUUUUAAAGUUAAUUUAUUAUGAAUAAGAGAAAAUUAAAUAUGCUCUUUCAUUCUGUUGAGAUUUGAACCAGAAUUUUCCAUUUUCUAUAUCCAUAACUUACCAGUUGCUAGUCAUAAUUUACUGCAAUAGUACAUUUUAUUACUGGAAAAAAUUAUGUAAAUAUCUCCUGUACAAAUUCAGACAUUCAACAAGACUGAAUAAAAAAUUUUCAAGCACAUACAUUUUACUAAGUUUUUUCUUGGGAAUAAUGUUUUUCAUUAUAUUCACUGUAAGAAUAUCACUUUAUUAUAUAUUUAGAAUAAUAGGGUUUUAAUUUUGCAUGAACUGUGGAUGUUUCAGAUAUUCUUUAUUGAAGAGUUAAUUAUUCGAGGUACUUUAAUAUUUUUAAUUGAGUCAUAUUUCAUUUUUACCUCUGUUGGGAAAUUAGUAUCGAAUACAAAAUAUAUAAAAUUUUGAUUUUAAUUUGCUAUUUGCUUUGUUUUUUUGGAAAAAUAUAAUGAUACAGAUUCUGUUUUUUAAAUGAUGUUCGAUAAAAACUGAAACACAUGCUGUUCAUGUCUUGAGAAGUACAAACUUUAUGGUUGUUAUACUUAUUGUAGUGCACUUUAAUUUGAUAUCAAAGUAUUAGAAAAUGUUAUUUGUUGCACAAAUUAACCUACUUUUGUAUACUUUGCACAAAUAUAUCAUUAGUGUCAAAUGCAUUCUUCUUGUGGUAACAAAUAAAAUAGAUCUGACAAA